AUGAAGGUACUAUGGAGAUGUGUGAGGGGGAGGGAGGUUAACUUUAGGAAAAAAUCAACGUGCAUCAAACGAUCACACACACACACAAACAGAAUGACUGGCAACUACUACCAUUACACUGAUGAGGCUGGCCUCAAAGGAAUCAAGGAAUCGGGACAAAUCAGACCAUCCACAAACACACAAACGGACGCCGCCUAUGGCACUGGAGUGUACUUUACCGAGAAGAUGCCACAGGCCUCAAACUCGACACUGUUUGUCAACAACUUUGAUGGUGCAUCACAUGACCCAAACAAGCUUCAAUACUAUGUUAGAGUGCCUGCUUCAGAAGUCCCCGAUGCCUAUCAAGUCAACUCGAAGCGCAACAUUGUAUUGUUGCCCACCGAUCAACCAUUCGACUUACCCAAGUCGGCCCAGUUUGGCGAGAGAAAGAGA